UGAGGGGGGGAUGUUCUUUCUUCCCUGUAGUACUAUAGGGUCAUCCCUUAGAGGUCUGAAUACUGCUAGAUGCAUUUGGGGCAUCAAGCUCCAGAAUCAGCUGCAAGGCACUAGCAAGGGCUGAGCUUAAAUGUAUUUGCACCUACCUAGCUUUGUUUAAGGGGAAAGCUAGGAUUAUAGAGUGACUUCCUGUUGGUUUUAAGCUAUAAAUAAGGCUUUUUCCUUUUUGGUGUCUUACACAGAUUUGUGACAAAACUAAGACCAGAAAGUCUGGGCACUUUGCUAGUGGGUGACAGAAGACAGUUUAGGCUGGCAUCUUGGACAGAUGAUGCAUGCCAUCCAAAGUACUCAGCAGAGUCCGGGCCCAGUUAAACAUGAUAAUAGUGACCACAUCUAUUAGAUCCUAGACUUUUGUGUAGCUUUUACUGUGGAUUGAAACAUUUCCUCCUGAAAAGAGGUUCAAAAGAUGGUUGGUUUUUCUAGACAGGUUUUCUCUGUGUAGCCUUGGCUGUCCUGGAACUCCUUGAAUACACAGAGAUCUGCCUGCCUCUGCCUCCCGAGUGUUGGGAUUAAAGGAGUGGGCCAUACCUAGUGUAGGUAGACAUUUGUUCACAUCUCCAGGAAAUGUUAACACCAGUGAGUCCUAUAAAAAUCAGCAUUUCCAGCAUUUGACAAUUGUGGCAAAGGCCAGUAAGGCCAGGAAGUAUGAGAUGCCCUCAAAGAAAAGUCAUUGGCCAUCCCUUUGCAGUGGGCCCACGUCUGCUUCUGGGUAUGUGGCACUCAAGCUGUCAGACUCUGCCACACUGGCCUGCAUCUUUUCUUAUCCAUCAGUUUUAUUCCCAGGUACUUACUACCAUGCAUCUGUGAAAUGCUCCAUAGUGGGCCAGACACUAGCAGUAUAACAUGCCUCCCAUACCACUCCAGUGUAGAAGACAAAGGUUAACACAAAAUCAUGCAGAGCUGGCUGUGUUGGCACAUGCUUGUAAUUCCAACACUUGGGGACUGAGGAGGACAAGGACUUCAAGACUGUCCUACAGUUUGAGGCCAGCAUGGGACUACAUAAGACCAUGUCUUUAAAAAGAAAAACAAAAAACAAUUUCUAGCCAGGCAGUUGUGGCGCACACCUUUAAUCCUAGCACCUGGGAGGCAGAGGCAGGUGGAUCUCUGUGAGUUCCAGGCCAGCCUGGUCUACAGAGCGAGUUCCAGGACAGGCUCCAAAGCGACACAGAGAAACCCUGUCUUGAAAAACAAACAAAACAACAACAACAAAAACCAACCAAUUCUAUCCAAACAUACAAAUGAGUGUAAAGAAAAAAAAGCUGAUCUGAAAUAGGUGUCCUGUCCUAGCCUGCGGGGGCCCCUAAGACACUGGGGCACAUGCAGAGGCCUUGGGGUUGGAAUGUAAGAGACAGGGCUGAAAGGCAAGGGGGAAAUAAUAGGGGUGGCCACAUAGAGCAUCAAGGUCCACAGACAGGUUCCUCCGUAGAUGGGACAGAAAGGGAGGGGUAAGCCCAAGCAAGAACUGUCUGGAAGAUGGCCCUGUUGUUUCUGGAGGCGUAGUCCCACAGCUGGUGAAGAUAAUACUUCUCCUUCCCUUCCUGACCACCUUCUGGAACUGGAUGUCCUUCCUUCAGGCCCUUGACUGCACCUGAACCCCUCCUGCCCACCCCCAGCAUCCCAGUCAGUGGUGGCUCCCUCAAGGCCCAGCAAUCUCAUUAGUGUAGCAUCAGAGAAGACAGUCAUAAUCUGCUCACCAGGAAAAGGAUAAAUUCCUAGGCCGGUGCUCUGCUGACCCAGGUCCAGCCAACGGGCGCCUGCGGCUCCCUGAGACCUGUCCAGUACUUGCCUGCAUGAGGAGUACAGCCCAGCCUGACAGAGUCCAGAAGCUAAGGGUCACUGAAGUGUCUCUGACAGCCUCACCAUGAACCUGGAGCCACCCAAGGCCGAGAUUCGGUCAGCCACACGGGUUAUGGGAGGACCAGUUACCCCCAGGAAAGGACCUCCUAAGUUUAAGCAACGGCAAACCAGGCAGUUCAAGAGCAAGCCCCCCAAGAAAGGCGUCCAAGGGUUUGGAGAUGACAUCCCUGGAAUGGAAGGCCUGGGAACAGACAUCACUGUCAUCUGCCCUUGGGAGGCCUUCAACCACCUGGAGCUGCAUGAGCUGGCUCAGUACGGCAUCAUUUAGUCGAUCCCUGCUACAAGAGCCUGUGGAAGAGGCCUGCUGAAGACCCACUCUACCCUACCACCCCCACCCUCUGUAAGCCCUGUCCAGGACCCCUGCCCAAGCCCAAGCCUGAGUCCCUAGCCAGGUUGUCCCUGGCCUCCAGGUGGGACAACUUCAUGCCCUGACACCAGCUACCAGAGCCUACAGCCGCCCACAGGCCACUCUGCUGACCUGAAGUCCCUGGUCAGAAGAAAGAAAGGAGGGAGACUCAGCCCCACCUCCUGUCCUUCUUGUGGCUGGAAUGCAGGAGUGGACUCCCCAAUAAUGUUUCCCUGAACUGCCUUCUGUGGGUAAGAAAGUUCCUCUGUCCUACAACCCUUCCAGAUGGGUGUUUUGGGGAGGGACACGUCCUGGGGUGAUGUGGUGAGAGAGACCGAGGUUACUCCACCCAUUAUACCAGCCUUCCCAACAUACUCUGUCCCUUGUCCCUAUUUCAAAAUAAAAUUAGCAUAUCCUUGCUUA